CUGCUGUUCUUUUCACUCAGUAGGAAAGCAACAGAUACAAAUUCAGUCUUCAAUUAGAAAAUUAAUAGACAAAGCAAUAUAUUGAUGAUGGCUUAUUUACGGGCUGUGUCUGUGCUAGUCCUUUUGUCUAUAUUAGUACAAGCCUUUGCCCAAAUUAAAAAGCCAACUAUGGGAGGCUGGUUUGAAGCAAAGGAGGAUGAUCAACAUGUCCAGAAUGCCCUACAGUUUGCGACAGAAGAGUACAACAAAGCAAAUAACGGUGACUACAUCCUAAGAGUCCACCAGACCAUCAAACUAAAGAAGAAGGUGGUUUCUGGUAUGAUGUACUUAAUGGAAGUAGAUGUUAUCACUACUGAAUGCACAAAUGAAGACUCAAUUCCAGAAGUCUGUCCAAAUGAGGAAAACACAUCAAAGAUUAAACGAUGCACAUUCCAAGUUCUGUGGGUCCCUUGGAAGAACAUCAUUGAAUUGCAAAAAAGUUAUUGCCGUUAAAAUGUUGUGAAGACUUAAAUUAAAAAGAAAACAUUCCAUGUUACUUUUUGGAAAAUAAAAAAGUCACAAUCUAUCUUCAUUACAAAAGCAAUUACUUUGCCUUGAACUUCAGAAAACUUUAAGAAAUGCACUCAUUUUAUGGUAUUAUGUAUCAGACUGAAUCAUGUUUCAUUUAACUAUUUCUGACUGGUCAAAAGUGUAGAUGAGACAUAAAUGCGUGAAUAUUAUAAACAGUUCUUGCAAAGUUAUAUAGGCUGUUUAAGCAUCCAACUGUGAAACAUGUUGAAACCUCAUAGAUGAAGGAAUUUAGUGCCUGUAAUGCCAAUUCAGCCUUUCAGCUUUCAAGGGUGGCACAUUUGAGUAAAUAUAAUUAAUCAUAAUAACAGCUAUCAUUUAACAGCUGUUAAUCCUCAAUUACGCCAGAGUUCUGUGUAUCUGAAUGCACUUGUGUACAAGAGUGCAAUAUAAAUAAUAUUUUUAUAUUAUGACAUAUACUUUUAAAGAGCCAAUACCUAUGAUAUGAAAUAAAUGGAGAAAGAAAUAUCAACUAUGUUGUACUAUGAAUAUAUUUAUAAGAUUUAACCAAAGAUAGAUUAUAAAACAUCAAUAAGAGAUUGUUGAUGUAUUGCUAAACAUAGUAACGCAAAUAAUAAAACCUGUUGUUGUUUGAGCAAUUAAUUACUUAGAGCCUUGCUGAUAUUUGGCCUGCAGUCUGAUUUGAAUAACAUUGGUUUGAUAUAGAAUAGCAACAAUUUCUAAACUGUAGAUUAUGUUUGUUUCAUAUGAUUACAAUUAUCUGUAGACAUUAUAGAAAAUGUAUAUAUUUUUAAUUGUGCAUAACACAUUAUGCCAUUUUAUAGUAUCACAAAAAGAUAACAUUAUGUGACAGCAUAUUGUAUGAAUGGUUAUGGUUUAGCCAAUUCUUUGAUUUUCGAGAUUACAGAAUGAAGAAUUAAUGGCAAAAUAAUUUACUAAACAGAUCCAGUUUAUACCUGCAGAAUAGAUCAUGAUAUUUUCUAAUUCUUUUCAUUUGCUAUGUAAUCGUUCUCUAUAUUGUAAUAAAAUAUGCCUGUUUUCAA